AUGAUUAGGUCAACGUGGGCCAAGCUGGUGUGGCCUUCCGACAAACAAUCAUCAAGCAAUUUCUACGAACUGUCUGAUAUACUGCGUGAGUCACUCGAGUCUCCGAUACCAGAAGAUCCUCGAAUUGGGUGGCAACCUUACAGUGAAGUCGAAAAGUCACGAUAUCUUCCAUCAGCCCGACUACCCAGGUCGAGGUACACAGCGCAUGCUGAUCUCGAGGAGUAUCACGCCGAUGACGAACUCAGUGAGCUUCCCAGCCCCGUACAGGCAGAAGCGCAGACAAAUAUCGACCUGGUGAGCGCAAAUGAAGACCGUUCUGGCCUUGCUUCAACGACCAAGGACAGGAGCCCAGACCUGUCUUCUUUCUCAUACUACUACUACAUCGACCCAGAUCUCGUUCCCGAAUCUGUACCUUCCGAGACACCCACAAUCAUCAGACGAGACCUCUUGGAUCAGCGCGAAGGUCAAGCUCUGUCACCAUGUGAGCCCAUAUCACGUGCCGAUGAGUGGCGACAGGAAGUGGUACGAUCACAAGAUCUCGGCUUAGGACAAGAUGAUGCUCCUUUGGACGAGCCGCGUUCAUCCGUGUACCAGCGCUUGCACGACACACCAGUCGAGUCUGGAGAUACAGAACACGCAAUCCGCACCUGGCAGGGUACCACAGCUGUUGGAAGUCUGGACAGUCCCAAGAUGCCGCCUCCAAGUUUCAUGGAACAAUUUCAACUGAAGCCUGCUGCAGGCGUUGACGAAGAAGAAGACUUGUUUACACACGCAGAAGAAGUCGAAGAUGAGACGGUAAGCGAAUCAUCAUCGUCGUCUCGGACUGUCAGGAGCUUGCUGCUCGAGGAAGAUACGUCCAAGGUGCUGGAAUUUGGUGAGGAAUUGCGCCAAGAAGCCCCGAGGAGGGUCCGCACCAGACGCCGACGCAGUACCGGGGGAUCAUCUGUGAGAACAAGGCAAUUCAGACUCUCCCUGCACAAGGACCCAGCCAAAGCACUUGCCGAUUUGUCAGACUAUCAGGCUGUGUUUAGAAAGAUCCGGGGCGAUAGCGGCAUUCGUCCUGAGCAGAUCGAAGACAGACUGCAGCGACUGACAACCAUGCUCAACAAGAGAGAGGCAACAGUGGAGGAGCUCGGGUCAUUCUGGGAGGUACAGAAGUGA